AUGGAUUGGAGUAGAGGCCAUACCAUAGGCCAUGGAUCCACAGCCGCUGUCUCCGUUGCUAAGUCACAUUUCUCCGAUGAGGUCUUCGCUGUCAAGUCAGUGGAGCUAUCCCAGUCACAGUUAUUACAAAAGGAGCAGAAAAUUCUGUCCCAAUUGAGCUCCUCUUAUGUAGUUAGCUACAAGGGGUAUGAUGUUACAAAAGAGAAUGACAAACUUAUCUUUAAUCUUAUGAUGGAGUAUAUGCCGGAUGGUACACUUUCCGAUGAAAUUCGGAAGCAGGGUGGUCGGAUCAAUGAGCCGUUGAUCGGGUAUUAUAUCAAGCAAAUUUUAAAAGGACUAGAAUACCUACAUUCAGGUGGCAUAGCACAUUGUGAUAUUAAGGGGCAGAAUAUUUUGUUAGGUAAAACCGGUGCCAAAAUUGCUGAUUUUGGGUGUGCCAGGUGGAUUGAUCCGGCAGAGAGGGAUGGCGGCGGAGAGCCAAUUGGAGGAACACCGAUGUUCAUGGCACCAGAGGUGGCGCGUGGGGAAGAACAGGGGUGUCCAGCAGAUAUUUGGGGAUUGGGAUGUACAAUUAUUGAAAUGGUCACUGGUGGAUCACCAUGGACUAAUGUGACAAAUGCAGCUUCAUUGCUUUACAAAAUUGCAUUUUCAGGGCAAUCCCCUGAAAUCCCAAAAUUCUUGUCCUUACAAGCAAGGGAUUUCUUAAGCAAAUGCUUAAGAAGAGAUCCAAAAGAAAGAUGGACAGCUAAACAACUUCUCAAACAUACAUUUCUUGAAGAAUUCAAUUUGAAUUCGAAUUCAAAUCAGAAUUUUGUGACGAGUUCUCCAACAAGCAUUCUUGAUCAAGACAUAUGGAAUUCCGUGGAGGAAUCAGAAACUACGAUAUUACAAACAGUUAGCUCUCCCCUGCAAAGGGUAAGAGAAUUGUGUUCGAAUUCAGGAGAAUUAAAUUGGAGAUGGAAUGAUGAUGAGAGAUGGAUCACAAUUAGAAGCAGCAACAGAUGA